ACUAAGGACCCCCUUUCCCUACCUCGACACACUCUUUCUGAGCUUAGAACCCCCACUCCUACUUUGAUAGCCCAUUUCCCACCUGUGUGGGGAUUUUUUUGGAGGGGGGAGGUAGGCGGGGAAUAGAAACUCUCCAGAGGGGAUCUAAACCUACAAGAAAAGAUUAGUGGAAGAUACGAAGGGAUUGAACGCUCUCUCCUUCCAGAACUUGGGAGACUGCUUUGCUCGCUAGAAUCCCACCCUCCAGGCAAGGAGGAAGGGGGAAAGAGAGCGGGAGGAGGUUGUGUUUCUUUCUUCCUGGCCCCCCUCCCCCGAGGCUAGGCCGAUGUUAGUCAAGGCGAUUCGCUCUCCAGGAUUUGCCGGCGUCGCCGUACUCGGAGCGUUACGGUAAGGAGCUGUCCUUCAGCACCCGGCGGGCGGCGAUCCCCGGCGCCGGCGCUGCUGGGCGCUGUCCGCCGUGCUGAAAGCGGCGCUCGCUUGCUCACUCGCUCGCUCGCCGGCUGUACAUCGCGCGGAGCCGGCAGCUUCGGGGGCUGGUCGCGGAGCUCGGAUGUCUAGAGGAGGAGGAGGAGGAGGAAGAAGAAGAGGAGAAGUCCCAGCCUCGACCGAGCAGAUCGCCGAAGGGGGACAGCAGCCCGGCCGGCCGGCCAGCCCUGGAGGGGAGAACCCCAAAGCGCUUGCUUGGGGGCGCGGUGGAAGCCUCUCCGCCUCUCCGCUCGUGAAGCCCCCCUGGACGGGCGAUGAAGGGGUCUCCGGCUCCAGCGACCUGUCUCCUCUUAGCAGCCCUCCUCGGGGUCCGGGCGCAAGGACUCUCCGCCGCGGAGCCCGACAGGCCGGGGGUCUCUGAGGCUGAUGGGGAGCCCACGGUGCCCCCCACCCCCGAUGAGCCAGAGCGCGAGGCCCACUUUGUCACUACGGCGCCCACCCUGAAGCUCCUCAACCACCACCCACUCCUGGACGACUUUCUCCACGAGCCCCUUCUCAAGAAAGAUUACCUGCGCCAGAUUCCCUUCCUGGCUGCCGGCCUCGUGGGUCCGGGGCCUGUCCUUCCGGAUGCUGACCUCGGUCCGGUCCCCACAAGCAACCUGGCUGACCAAGAUGGCCGCCCCGCUCUCUCCCACGCCGCCACCGGGCCGCCCACCACGCCGCCCAUGACCACCGUGUCCCCCACGACCCUGGCAGGCGGGAAGGCCGAAGGGAAGGACGUGGAGAGGACCCCCGAGAUGGCCAAGCCAGCCUUCACCACAGACCUCCUGACCACAGCCAUGGGGCGGCUGGUGCCGUGGGCCAAAUCUGGCCCGCUCUCCGGCCGCACGCAGCCGCCGGUCACCCCUGUGCUGGGUUUCCAGACCGGUCUCGGUGCCUCGGGCCCAGCCACCACCGACGCAUUUUCUGGUGGCACCCCGGGCAUGGCCGCUGCCCCCACCGCACAACCGGAAGUGACUACGCCCAGGCGGGUAUCCGGUGAGGAGGAGGAGACAGCCACAACCACCAUCAAGACCACAACCGUCAUCACGUCCAUUCUGGGUGCAGGUCCCUGCAGCUGGAACCUCACUGGCCCCAAAGGCUCGCUGGCCUCUCCCCUCCCCUCUGGCAUCCCAUACGAAGGGGGGACCCUCGACUGCACCUACACCAUCUCUGUGUACCCUGGUUACGGCGUUGAGAUCCGGGUCCAGAACAUCAGCCUUGCGGAGGGAGAGACGGUCACCGUGGAGACGCUGGGGGGCGUAGAGCCCGUCGCCCUGGCCAACGAGUCCUUCCUGAUGCGCGGGCAGGUGAUCCGCGGCCCGACCAAUCAGGUUGUGGUGCGCUUCCAGAGCCCAUCUUCCGCCAAUCCAGGGACCUUUCAUUUCCGGUUCGAAGCCUACCUGCUCAGCUGUGCGUUCCCCACGCGCCCGCCCUACGGGGAGGUCUCCGUCACCAGCGUGCAUCCGGGGGGCCACGCCUGCUUCUCCUGCGCCACCGGCUACCAGCUGCAGGGCCAGCACUGCCUCACCUGCCUCAACGCCACCCACCCCUUCUGGAGCGCCCGGGAGCCCACCUGCGUCGCGUCUUGUGGCGGGGUGAUCCGGAACGCCACGACCGGGCGCAUCGUCUCGCCAGGCUACCCUGCCAACUACAGCAACAACCUGACCUGCCAUUGGCUGCUGGAGGCUCCGCAGGGACAGCGGCUGCACCUCCAUUUUGAGAAGGUCUCCUUGGCCGAGGACGACGACAGGCUAAUAAUCCGGAACGGGAACGACAUUGAGGCUCCGCCCGUGUACGACUCAUACGAAGUGGAAUACCUGCCCAUCGAGGGUCUGGUCAGCAGCGAGAGGGGCUUCUUCAUCGAGCUGACCACCGACAGCAGCGGGGUGGCCGCUGGCAUGGCCCUGCGCUACGAGGCCUUUGAACCCGGGCACUGCUAUGAGCCAUUUGUCAAGUACGGGAACUUCACCACCAGCGACGCGACGUACGCCGUGGGCACCACCGUGGAGUUUGCCUGCGAGGCAGGAUACACCCUGGAGCAAGGCUCCGUCAUCAUCGAGUGUGUGGACCCCACCAACCCGCAGUGGAACGAGACAGAGCCGGCCUGCCGAGCCGUGUGCAGCGGGGAGAUCACGGACGCCGCUGGGGUGGUUUUGUCCCCCAACUGGCCGGAGCCCUAUGGGAAGGGCCAGGACUGCAUCUGGGGUCUCCACGUGGAGGAGGACAAGCGGAUCAUGCUGGACAUCCAAGUGUUACGCCUUGGCAAAGGAGACGCGCUGACUUUCUAUGACGGGGACGACUUGACGGCCCGGAUCCUGGGCCAAUAUUCCGGCCCCCACCGGCGGUUCAAGCUGUACACCUCCAUGGCUGACGUCACCAUCCAGUUUCAGUCGGAUCCGGGGAGCAGCGUCUUGGGCUAUCAGCACGGCUUCAUCAUCCACUUUGCAGAGGUUCCCCGGAACGACACCUGCCCUGAGCUCCCGGAGAUCCCCAACGGCUGGAAGACCAUGUCCCACCCGGAGCUGGUCCACGGCACCGUGGUCACGUACCACUGCUACCCCGGCUACGAGUUGGUGGGCACCGAACUCCUGAUGUGUCACUGGGACCUGAUGUGGAGCGGGGACCUGCCCUCCUGCCAGCAAGUGACCACCUGCCGCGACCCAGGAGAUGUGGACCACAGCCGGCGCAUGGUUUCCGAGAACAAGUUCCCCGUGGGCUCCACCGUCCAGUUCAUCUGCGACAAGGGAUACGCCCUGGCGGGCAGCGGCGAGAUCACCUGCCACGACCGGCAGGCCGGGGGUCCGAAGUGGAGCGACCGUCUCCCCAAGUGCAUUCCGGAGGUCUACGAGCCCUGCCACAACCCAGGCAGCCCCGACCAUGGGGCACAGAACCCCGAGAAAAGGCUCUACCAGGCCGGGGCGAGCCUGCGCUUCUCCUGUGCCAAGGGUUACGUGCUCCUGGGCGACGCCACCCUCCGCUGCGUGCCCGGCCACCCUUCCCAAUGGAGCGGCUCCCCUCCACUCUGCAAAGCGGCCUCCUACGAUGAGUUUUAUACCAAUCGCAACCUGGACGCCGUGGCCAAAGUGGCCCCCGCUGCAGACCCCCUGCAGGGCAGCAACGUGGCUUUCGCCAUCUUCCUGCCGGUGGCCGCUGUGGGACUCCUCCUCGGCGCUGUCUACCUGUACAUCUCCAGAAACCAAGGGAAGCCGUCACUGCAGCUGCCCCUAUCGGGGUCCCACCCCUACGAUCACAUCACGGUGGACUCAGCCUUCGACAACCCCACCUACGAGACUGGAGCGUUUUUCUCUCCAGGAGGUCCGGGAGUAUGAAGUCUCCAUCUAGGGCAGGCACCACUCUCGAGGGGAGAGCCGGAGGGGCGGGCCCUGCUCCCCGAACCACCACCGCGGCCGCCCUACAACGACCCACCCUCCCUUUGACGACUGACCGACUCCGUGGCUGGCUGACCCACACCCAGAAGGACUUGUAAAUACCUCCUGGCCUGCCCUACAGACAGACCCCCGAGGGAGAGGAACAUCAGGGUCCUGUGUGAGCUGGCGGCCGGCGUACUUUCUCUCUCUGUCCUUCCCCCUUCCCCGAUUCCAAGGCUUCCCGACCCUCAGAGCCUAGCGCUGGAACAGGGGCAAAAUCUAGGCUCCCGGCAGCAUGCUGCACCCCCAAACAUCCUGCCACCAACUAGCCUGCGCUGGAUACCAUCCCUUCCUCAACACCACAUUCUCGAACCUUCCUGCCUCAUUCUUAGCUACAACCAUGGUUUACUGGAGGGGGCUCCACAGCCACGGUUUACUGGAGGCAGCUCCACUACCAUAAUUUACUGGAGGUGGCUCCAUACCAUGGUUUACUGGAGGCAGCUCCACAGCCAUGGUUUACUGGAAGUGGCUCCACUGCCAUAGUUUAUUGGACGCGGCUCCAAUACCAUGGUUUACUAGAGGCGGCUCCACUGCCAUGGUUUACUAGAGGUGGCUCCACUACCAUAGUUUAUUGGAGGUGGCGCCACAGCCACGGUUUACUGGAGGUGGCUCCACAACCAUGGUUACUGGAGGCAGCUCCACAGCAAUGGUUUACUGGAAGUGGCUCCAUACCAUGGUUUACUGGAGGCAGCUCCACAGCAAUGGUUUACUGGAAGUGGCUCCACUACCAUGGUUUACUAGAGGGGCUCCACUGCCAUAGUUUUUUGUGUUUUUUUCCACUGCCAUAGUUUUCUGGAGAUGGUUCCAAAGCCACGGUUUACUGGAAGUGGCUCCACUACCAUGAUUUACUGGCGGCGGCUCCACUGCCAUAGUUUACUGGUGGUGGCUCCACUGCCAUAGUUUAUGGGAGGCGUUUCCACAGCCACAGUUUACUGGAGGCGGCUCCCACAACCACGGUUUACUGGAGGGGGCUCCACAUCCUUCGUUUACUGGAGGUGGCUCCAUGGCCAUUGAAGCCCUCACUUUGUUUGGAUGCCGAAAAUUCCAAACAAAUUCCACUGCCAUAGUUUACUGGAGGUGGCUCCACAGCCACGGUUUACUGGAAGUGGCUCCACUACCAUGAUUUACUGGCGGUGGCUCCACUGCCAUAGUUCACUGGAGGGGGCUCCACAGCCACGGUUUACUGGAAGUGGAUCCACUGCCAUAGUUUAUUGGAGAUGGUAUCACAUUCUUGGUUUACUGGAGGUGGCUCCAUGGCCAUUGAAGCCCUCAUUUUGUUCGGAUGCCGAAAAUUCCAAGCCUGGGCUCCAGAUGCAUCUCCUGCCUCCUCUUCACUUUCACCUCCACUGUGCUGGUCCCGGGGGGAAGGUUACCGUUGACGUAGUCAAAGUCCGGUCCUGGGUCACUAGCCUGGAAACAGUUCACAAGGAGCGGGGCGA